GACGGCCGGGAAUUGCCGACGCCAACUUCACCUCUUGACCACCAUCCACCACCGCGCGCGCUACGCCUCUGCCAUCCCCGUCGCGUCUCUCCUCGCUGCUCAACAUGUCUAAAAAGGGAAACAAGGCUCAGACAAAGGAGAACAAAGACCAGUCCUACGAGUUCCGCGACAUCGUCCUGGCUAAGGUCCGCGGCUACCCCUCAUGGCCUGGCAUGAUCGUCGACCCGGAGACCGUGCCCCAGAACGUACAGGGCGAGCGGCCCAACGCCAAAUCGAAAAAGGGCAAAUGGUACUGCGUGCGAUUCUUCCCCGCGGGUGACUACGCCUGGAUAGUGCCGCGAGACAUCUCCAAGCUCCAGCAGCACGAAAUCCAGGCGUACGUCAACGAGCCAGCCAAGAAAUCUGCCGAUCUACUCCAUGGCUACCGCAUCGCGCUGGAUCCCACAGAAUGGGAGAAGGAGCGCAAUGCUAUGCGCGACGCAGCGGCCGAGGCGGAGGCCAACGCUGAGGUCGACCAGCUCCAGAGCGACGGCGAGGAAGAGGCAGGUGACGACGAUGAGGAGGAGCUGAAGCCCAAGGCCAAAAAGCGGAAGCGCGACUCUGAGGCGACGCCUGCGAAGAGCAAGGCCAAGCCCAAGACGCCGAAGAAAGGCUCUGCAGAGCCCGUAAGCAAGAAGAAGACUCCUACCUCGAAGGCGAGGAAGAACGGGCACAAGUCGAAGGCGAUGAUCGAGUCAGAGGACGAGGGCGGCGCCGAAGCGGAGGAUGAGGAUGCGGGUCCCAGCAAGCAGGUGUCGCCACCGCCCACGAAGAAGGCUAAGCGUGAAAAGGAGGGAGAGGAAGGCGAGGACUCUGCAUUGGCGAACGAUCCUGAGGCAUCGAAGGUGCGAGAAUGGAGACACAAGCUGCAGAAAGCCUUCCUCAACACCAAGGUGGUGGCCAAAGACGAGGACAUACCAGCAUUUGACCAGCUCUUCUCGACGGUCGAGAACUAUCAGAACAUGACAAUCCAGUACUUGACAUUCUCGAAAAUCGGCAAAGUGAUGCGUCACAUCAACGCGCUACCCAAGGAAAGGGUACCACGCGACGACGAGUACCACUUCAAGGACCGCGCGAAGGCUCUCGUCGACAAGUGGCACGAUAUCCUCGCCGAGAACAAAGGCAAGCCCAACGGCACCGCCGCGGCCGGCGAGAGCGCCAAAGCCACGACGAAUGGCACAAGCCCCACUGCCAAAGCCCCCGACACGGCAGAUGCCGACGCGACAACGAACGGCAAGCAGGCGGACAAGCUCCAGGCAGAGGGCAGCGAGGCCGCUAUGGAGAUCGACAACGGGGAGUCCAAGGCGGAGGAUGUUCCCGCUGGCGAGAAGGCGGAGUCCGGAGACGCCGACGCAGAGGCGGAGACGAACGACGACGCACCUGCCGACCUAACCGCGGACGACUCGGUAUUAGCAGACGUCACCAUGUCCGAGGCGGCAUAGGAGGGCGGAAGUCCCAGACGAACUCAAAUUGAUCUUUCCCUACCCUAGAGCAGCGGCCGGUCGAAGAAAAGGAGUCGACGCGUCCUCAUCCCGCUCCCACACAGGUGCGACGG